UUGCUGCACCAACAACUUGAAUUAUGUUCUGCUGUCAAGGUGCAGAGGAGGAGCAACAAGGCCCCCCUGCUAGGCCUAGCCAAAACACAGCCCCACCUAAAGGCAACCCCAAUGCUGGUGGUGGCCAAAGAGGAGAGCCAAGGAGUUCCAAUAUGGUGAAAACUGGAGCUCCUCAAAAGGUGUUGCCUAUUGAAAUUCCAUCUGUUCCAUUGGAUGAGUUAAAUAGGCACACUAGCAAUUUUGGUACCAAGGCUUUGAUUGGUGAAGGAUCUUAUGGCCGAGUGUUCUAUGCCAAGUUAAAUAGUGGCCCUGCAGCAAUAAAGAAGCUAGAUACCAGUUCCUCGGAAGAACCAGAUUCGGAUUUUGCAUCACAAUUGUCAAUAGUUUCAAGGCUUAAACAUGACCACUUUGUGGAGUUGCUGGGGUAUUGUAUGGAGGCGAAUAACCGCAUAUUGGUAUAUGAAUUUGCGACAAUGGGGUCUUUACAUGAUGUAUUACAUGGGAGAAAGGGUGUACAAGGGGCUGAACCUGGUCCAGUUCUAACCUGGAACCAGAGAGUUAAAGUUGCAUUUGGUGCAGCGAAAGGCCUAGAGUAUCUGCAUGAAAAGAUUCAACCUUCCAUAGUUCAUCGCGAUGUUAGAUCGAGCAAUGUCUUACUUUUUGAUGAUUUUAAGGCUAAAAUCGCUGAUUUUAACUUGACGAAUCAGUCAUCUGACACUGCAGCUCGACUGCAUUCGACUAGAGUUUUGGGCACCUUUGGCUACCAUGCUCCUGAGUAUGCCAUGACAGGACAGAUAACGCAGAAAAGCGAUGUUUAUAGUUUCGGAGUUGUUCUUUUAGAGCUAUUGACAGGAAGAAAGCCAGUAGAUCAUACAAUGCCAAAAGGACAACAAAGUCUUGUUACUUGGGCUACUCCAAGAUUGAGUGAAGACAAGGUGAAGCAAUGUGUUGAUCCUAAGCUAAAUAGCGAUUACCCGCCAAAGGCGAUUGCCAAGCUUGCAGCAGUUGCAGCACUGUGUGUUCAAUAUGAAGCAGAUUUUAGGCCAAACAUGACAAUUGUUGUGAAAGCUCUUCAGCCUCUUCUAAACUCAAAACCAGCAGGACCAUAAAUUUGAUCUUAUUUUACUCAUGUAAUCAAUCUGUAACUUUCAGGUUUUGUAAUCAGAAUUCACAUCUAUUUCUACAGUCCAGGCUUUGUGAUCAUUCUUCUGAUGUUGUUAGCAUAAACAUUAUUA